AAUUUAACCUGUAUUCUUUGUUAUUGUUUUGGUUCUGAAAAUAAGGUUAAUUCAACACUUCAUAACAUUUCGUUUUAUAGAAGAAACAUGUCCGAAAGACAUAAUUCGGAGUCUUCAACAUCUGAAACUGAGAUGACUGCUGGCAGCUCUACAAAUUUAAAGUCAAAAAAAGUGUUACAUUCUAACAAAAAAACAGUUUUAACUGAAAAUCAACAUCGUACAAUGAAACAGUAUUCCGAAGGUAAAGAAAUUAAAAGUUUUGACAGUAAAAUUAACGUGGAACGGCAUAGAGCAAGAGAUUCAGAAGAAGAAAUUUCUGAGAUUGAUGACAAAAACUCAGAUCUGUCAACGACUGAAUCAGAAGUUAGUGCCUGCAGUUCCAACUUCAACCCAAUAAAGGCAUUGUAUUCCAAAAAGAGUAAAAUACCAGUGGAAGAUGCACCAGUGUUUGAGAAUCUAGAACAGUUAAUGUCUUCGUUCAAGAACGAUUCAGUAUUACCCGUUGGGUAUGGAAGUAUUGUUAAAGAGAGGGAAGAAAAAAAACUCAAGCUAAAACUGGAAGAAGAAAAACUGUUGGAAGAGAAAAAUCGGGCUCGUUUUGCACAGUACAGAGAUUUAAUGCCAACCAAAAAAAUAAGACGAAAGAAAAACGUGUUGACUAAAAUGGAAAAUGUCAAAGGUCCGUUGGGCGCCUUGAAAGAAUGCGUCGAUGGAAGACUCAGGAUAAAGGUAACAACUAGGAAUGAGAAAGGGAUCAGAGGGCUCCUCCACGCUACCCUGGUGGCUUUCGAUAAGCAAUGGAAUCUAGCACUUAGCGACGUUGUGGAGGAAUGGACACGAAAAUCGCCAAAUAAAAGGAAAAUACCCCCGGCCGUCGGUAGACCAGUUCCUAAGGGUACAGCAUCGACUAUAUCGACCGUUCCUAAGGUCAUUGAAAAUCCGCUCGGCAAAGGAAUGUGGCAAUGCACUCGAUAUUUACCCCAGUUACUGGUCAGAGGUGAGCACGUCGUAAUCAUUAACAUAGUGGAACGAUAAUAUACGCAGGAGCACAACUCUAUCGUUGCGUUCUGGUAAUUUUGUAAACUACACCAUAAUAUUGGUGGCAUCAAUUGAACUAUGGCAGCAUCAGACUAACUCUGCUAGAAAUUGUUAUUUAAACGGUUUCUCUGAUUAAAAUAUGUUUGUUUACAUUUAAUUAGUUUUUAAGUAUUCCA